AUGCUUGAGCCUUCAGCCUAUGUUUCAGCCUCACCAUCUUCAGCCUCCACCAAAUACUUCAGCCUCCACCAAAUCUUCAGCCUCACCAAAUACUUCAGCCUCCACCAAUACUUCAGCCUUAACGCAUACUUCAGCCUCCAGCCUAUGUUCAGCCUCACCCAUGCUUGGCCUCCACCAAAUACUUCAGCCUCCACCAAUACUUUGGCCUCCACCUGUGCUUCAGCCACCACCUAUCUUCAGCCUACACCAAUACUUCAGCCCUCCACCCAUACUUCAUCUCACCCAUACUUCAGCCUCCACCUAUCUUCAGCCUUCACCCAUGUGACCUCAACCUAUACUUCAGCCUCCACCUAUACUUCAGCCUCCACCCAUACUUCAGCCUACACCUAUACUUCAGCCUCCACCUCUACUUCAGCCUACACUAUACUUCAGCCUCCACCUAUAUUUCAGCCACCACCAAAUACCUCCCAGCCUCACCAUACUUCAGCCUCCACCCAUACUUCAUCCUUAUCCCAUACUUCAGCUUCACCCAUAGUUCAGCCUCGAACCUAUAUUUCGGCCUCCACUAUACCUCAGCCUCCACCCAUACUUCAUCCUUAUCCCAUACUUCAGCUUCCACCCAUACCUCCACCUACUUCAGCCUCACCUAUACUUCAACCUCCAGCCUAUACUUCAGCCUUAACCCAUAAUUCAGCCUCCAACCAUACUUCAGCCUCCACCCAUACUUCAGCCCACCCAUACUUCAGCCUUAACCCAUACUCUCAACCUCCACCAUACUUCUGGCCUCCACCCAUACUUCAGCCUCCACCUAUGUUUCAGCCUCCACCUAUAUUUCAGCCUCCACCUAUGCUUCAGCCUCCACCCAUACUUCAGCCUCCACCAUAUGCUUCAGCCUCCAACUAUGCUUCAGCUCCACCUAUUUCAGCCUCCACCUAUUCACCUCCACCAUCUUCAGCCUCCCCCACUCAGCCUCACCCAUUUCGCCUGCCCAUACUCCCUCCAUCUUUCCACCUGUCUCAGCCUCCACCUAUGCUUCAGCCUCCACCUAUACUUCAGCCUCCACCCUAUGCUUCAGCCUCCACCUACACUUCAGCCUCACCUAUGCUUCAGCCUUAA